AUGUUACCUAGCUUAGGUUAUUUCCGUGGUAUUGCUUGCCCAGAGGAAGCACAAAAGUUGAAAUGCAAGCGACCGUAUUGCCAUUUUCGUCACAAAAAGAAUGCAACAGCCACUACCAACAAAAAGGAAAUACCAGCCCUUAAUAUUGAUGUCGUGAAAAAAGCAAUCUCGCAGCUUAAAUCUGGGGGAGAUCAACAAUCAAAAAGUUUUGACAACUCACAUUUUAAGGGUUCUGCUGCUAAAUCAUAUGCAGAAGAAUAUGAAUCAUCUGAUGACGUGGGGUAUGUUCCGUUUUCCAGUGAAAAUAAAUCAAGUGAAAAAGGAAGUGUGUUGCGUAAUGCUAAAGGUCCAUCUUCUAAUGUCCAUAAACGCUACACCUCAAAAUCUAGUACCCACACCACCAAGAACAAAUAUACAUCAUUUUUGUCGUCCAAACCAACUACUGAUCUUGAGUAUGAUCCAAUGUCAAAUUACAAUUGCAAGGAUAUCCAGGGGAAAACAAAAGCAACACAUUCUGCAUUUUCUAAUUCAGAUGAUGAUGAUGUCUUGGUAAUAUCUGAUGAUACAUUAACUGCAGAAGAUACUUCAAAGCCAGAUUCAAGUUCGGAAGAAGUGCUGCCAUGUUUAGAACCUGGUGUAAAACAACCACCAAGCAAGAUCAUAGAUUCUUCGGAAGAGAAAAAAUCAGACACUGCUUUGAAAUCUGCCAAAUCUGAAACAAAAACAGCAAUUGUUAUUUCUGAUACAUCUUCAGAACCAAAUAAAACGAGUUCCUCAAAAUUAAAAAUUAAUUCACCAACAAAAGUUUCAGCGGAAACAAUUAAGAAGUUUGUGGACAGAGAUGAAAUUGCCAAGCUUGAACAAGAACUUAAUGGAAUUAACACAUACGAGGAAUGUUUUCGUAUUUAUCAAGAAAACGAAACAUUGGAUCCAGACACAACUACAAGUGAUGAGAUGGAUCUAAGUGGUUCGGAUGCACAAGUUGACAGUGUGACCACAGAAGAUGAGGUAGGACCCCCUCCUUCCAAGUUUCAAUCCACGCUCUUUCGUGCUCAACACCGUGUGGCGCUAAAGGGCAACAAUGAACCGGUCCGACCAUCCAGUACUCCAGCUCCAAAGCGUAAAAAUCCUUUUGCCAAACCACCAACCUUAGACAGGAAGCUUCCAUUUAAAGACAUUUACAGGUCUUCAACUAGUAGUACAACUCAACAAACAGCUGGGAAAGGUGUAAGGAGAAUGGCUCAUGCCGCUAACCCAACUAAAACAACCAAUGGUUCAAUCCCUAGACCUGUUAUAACUGCAGACCGCCACUCAAAGGUGCCAACAAACAUAAGGCAACGAUAUCUCAGUAUGUUUAUUGAUGAAUGUCUUCGUAUUUGCAACAAUGUAUCUGCUGAAGCUUACAACAUGGCACAAACCGAAGAGACGAGAAUUAAAGAGCGCAGCAAAACCAAAUCCAUUUACCUCAGCCUAGCUGCCUGUACGCUCAAAAAACUCCGAACUAUGACAAAUUCUAAAAGUGCCAUCACACCACCCCCUACAACCAACAACGACUCAAACUCGACUGUGGUUGCUUUUAAAGGGAGAAAUAAGAGAAUAGCUCAUGGGGGGUUAGACUUGCCAAACAUUGAGGCGAAGAAACAGAAGCUUACCCAAGCACAAAAGUUAAAGAAUUUGAAUCAGAAAGAAAGUUGCAAAGGAGGUUUUGAGUUUGAAAUGAGGGAGACAACGCAGCUGACAGGUGAGGAGUUAUAUGAGAGGAUGUGUAACUACAUAAUGACUGAAGAUCAACUCAGAGAUAAUGGUUACCCUCGGGAAGCAGAAAUUCCCGGCCAAUGCAAGUUCUACAAUAAAACAGCUACACCUGUGCCUAUGGAUGCGAAAAGGAAAAUAUGUCAGCGCUGUGGUAAAGAGUUUAUAUUAUCACUAAUAUCCAUGCGGAAUGGAACUGAAUGCAUUCACCAUUGGGGGAGAGCUUAUUCAACUAAAGUUGGUUCUUCAUGGGAAAAAAGAUAUUCUUGUUGUCAGAACACUGUGGGCUCCGAGGGUUGUUCAGUAAAUGAGCCCGGUAUAUAUUCACUUGAUUGUGAGAUGUGUUAUACAAUGGUGGGAUUGGAGCUUGCCAGAGUAAGUGUGGUGGAUUUCACAGGAAAACUUGUUUAUGAUACAUUUGUGGUUCCUGAAGGAAAAAUACUGGAUUACAAUACAAGGUGGAGUGGUUUACAUAAGUCAGAUUUUGUCGGCGUAAAAACAACACUGAGACACGUGCAAGCUGUUUUUCUAAGCAAGUUUUCAUCUGAUUCAAUUCUUAUCGGGCACAGUCUUGAAAGUGACUUAGUUGCUCUAAGGAUAAUCCAUAACUCAGUUGUGGAUACAUCCAUAGUAUUCCCGCAUAGAUUAGGUCCGCCAUAUAAACGUGCCUUGAGAAAUUUAAUGUCAGAACACCUGGGUAUUGUGAUACAGAAUGCAGGCGAUGAAGGUCACGAUUGCACAGAAGAUGCUGUCGCAUGUGUUAAACUUAUGAACUGGAAACUGAACGAAGAUUGCAAAGUUAAAUGACCAUUCUGUAGUUUUUUACUUUUAAGUUAUUUUUCGGCAGUAUUUUGUUUUUGAGCGAUUUUUCGUCCGUAAUAAUUCUACGCUUGCUCUUACCUAGGUUUUUUCGUUGAGUGGUCUUCUAGUACGUCAUCGUGUUGUUUUAAGCAGCGCGCACGCUUUCGUUUGUUGUUCUUCUAAUCCGUUCACGCUGCUCAAUAAAUGCGCUCUGUAUUUUUAUUCCA